UCCGUCAGGAGGAGAAGGACGCACACGGAGAGAGUCUCAGCUCCGCCGCUCCUCUGCCUGUUUUAUCAUGAAGAGACAAAACGCCCGGACUCUCGCCCUCAUCAUCAGCAUCCUCACCUACCUGGUGGUCGGAGCGGCCGUGUUCGAGACCCUGGAGUCGAAGCAGGAGAAGAGUCACAAGAGGAAGCUCGACGCCAGAAAGUACGAACUCAUGCGCAAAUACAACUUAACCAAAGAGAACUUCGAGGAGCUGGAGCACGUCGUGUUGCAGCUCAAACCUCACAAAGCGGGAGUGCAGUGGAAAUUUGCGGGCUCCUUCUACUUCGCCAUCACUGUGAUAACGACCAUAGGUUACGGCCAUGCAGCGCCCAGCACCGACUCAGGGAAAGUGUUCUGCAUGUUCUACGCCCUCCUGGGGAUCCCGCUCACGCUGGUCAUGUUCCAGAGCCUGGGUGAGCGGAUCAACACGUUCGUCAGGUACCUGCUGCACCAAGCCAAGAAGUGCCUGGGAAUGCGUCACACUGAGGUCUCCAUGGCAAACAUGGUGACAGUGGGCUUCUUCUCCUGCAUGAGCACCCUGUGCGUGGGGGCCGUGGCGUUCUCCCACUGCGAGGGAUGGAGCUUCCUCCAUGCCUUCUACUACUGCUUCAUCACGCUCACCACCAUCGGGUUCGGAGACUACGUGGCUCUGCAGAGGGACGACGCGCUGCAGAACGACCCUCGGUACGUGGCUUUCUGCUUCGUCUACAUCCUGAUGGGGCUGACGGUGAUCGGAGCGUUCCUGAACCUGGUGGUGCUUCGCUUCCUGACCAUGAACACCGAGGACGAGCGCAGGGACGCCAAGCAGAGGGCCCUGAUGUCCAUCAGUAAGCCCAGAGGAGAGGUGGCUCGUCUUCUGCCGGUGUCAGCCUCGGCCUCUUCCACGCCUGUAGCCGACGACCCAACAAAGGGGAAGGAUUUAAAAGGUGUCUACACGGAGGUGCUGCACUUCCAGACUAUAUGCUCCUGCCUGUGGUACAGGAGCAAGGAGAAGGAGCAGGGCUCCAUCCCCAACAUGAUCCCUCAAGAGCUGACGUUCUCUGAUGCCUACAUGCAGCAGAACAGUAACUGUUCUCACUACAUGGAGCCUGGAUCAACAGGCUGCGUUUGCAGUCCACGUCAGUGUUCAAGCAUAAGCUCCAUAACAACGGGCCUACACAUUCUCUCCCCGUUCAGGAUGUUUAAGAGACGCAGCUCCGUAUAGACUUUCAGUACUGCAGAUUCACUACAGCACAAUGUGUCUAUACUGCCAAGUGGACGGCAGAGACUUGGCAGUCCUCACAGCAAAGACGUGACUGCAAGUUUGUGGUGCUAUAAUCCCAGCAAACAUUAGGACGAAUGCGGAAGGGAAGAGCACAGACAGUACUGUAAACAGUCUCACUCAAAUAUGUGUCUGAGACAGCGUCGUAUGCACGGCUUCAACUAAAAAGUCCUAUGUAGGGGUGUCCCGUGUGACAGGGGAAGUCAUCCGUGUCACUACAUGUGAUCAUGCUGCAGCGCGUGAGGUGCUCAGUGUACACAGCUGCAGAGCGGCAGAUCAGGUGCUGCACGAGGAUGGUCACAAGUUAGCAGCAUCGCGAUAAACAUGUUGAGAUAAAAUACCUGAGACAACAGCUCCACAGUAAACUACAAUUUCAGUGUUUUUGAUAAUAAUCUCAGAGGUGCUGAUUCAACAAAGGGGUCAUUCCUUAAAGGUCAACACGCAGGAUUGUUGGUUACAGUUUGUUAACACACUCGCCAUUGAAAGUGACAGUAAACGCCCCAGAUUCAUUUUCCCUUGGUGUGUCACCUCACUGUAUUUGAGUUUUUUCAGCACUUUGUCUCAAGGAUGUUAGUGUGUCUCCCCGGACGCAGACUGUGGCUCCCAGGCCUUAUUUAUACUCAACGUUGAGAUGGAGGCGGACGGAGCCUUCUGUCCGUAUUCUGCAUUCAUUUCAUCCAUAUUUGUGCACGUUUCCUGGAAGCUUGCAGAUACAGAUGAAACAGAGCAGCAGCACCAGAUAUCGUGGGGAUUCUCCGUCCACAUGUUGAGAUGAAACGUUAUAUGGCCUCACAGACCGUCUACAACGCUGCCUCCGUUUAACGGUAUAAUAUUACGACCUCCACUACUGUCGCCUCGUUUGUUGUCUGAAACUUUUGACUCCGCCUCCUAGUGCCAUCUAUUGGCUGUAUCGGUGCCAACAUAAAGGACACAUGGAAGUAUGAAGUCUUACAAUGUGUUUUCAUAUGUAAAGAGAGAAUAAAUGAGCCUUAAGUCUGCCACCUGCUGACUAUUUCGCCUCGCAUUCUCACUUCCUUCCACUAUCUACAUUAUUUUAAAUCCCCUGUGCCACGGUAAACAACAACAACCUCUGAGCUGUCAACUUCCGCACUGAAAAUUGCACGUUUUGACCAAUUUUGGGUCAUGAAAUAAGGCAUGCCUGCUUUGUUCUUUUGGAAAAUUAUUGUGAAGAUGUACAGUGAAUCAGACAACUCGUGAACGCACCUCAGAGAAGCCCAGACUCCGUCUCAUGCCUGAUGUUGAUCUGUUUCAAGACACAGUCAGUCGGAGUUGCCACACUUUUGAAAUGUGUGCAGUCAAAUGAGAUCUGAAUACGAUACUUUUUGUGCCAGGGGUUUGAUCUCAGCCCGCCUCAACUCCCCACUGAAUCAGCAAACUUUCUUUUGCCGCUGUUCCGGAGCAUCUGCCUGGUUUGCAUGAGCUAACACAGCAGCAGCGCGAACACAUCGACACUGAAACUCUGUCGUUCAACCCCUUAAAAACGUAACGUUAGCCAUGUGAUGCUAACACUUUGCCCUGUCACUGUGUGUGUAUUUUGCAAGGGCACUGCAUCCUGCACUUAGCUCCGCCCAGGACAAUCGUGAAUCAAAAACAAGCCAGAGCAUUUUCCCUCCUGUAGCAGAAUGAUAAUAUGGUGACACCAGACCUUUCUCAAGCACAGACACAGCGCUGUGAAGUCAGGCCACGCAUGACUACUUGGAGGCCUGCCGCCUUCAGUCUGGUGCCUGGUCGCUACCUUUCCAUAAAGCCCUGACCUCACCUGAGCGCUGUGGGGGAACACGCCAAUAAACGUCCCGGACAUGGAAAAUAAAAAGCAAAAAGAAAAUCCAGGCAGAGAGCAGCCACACUGAGAGUGAGUCAUACAUGAUGAUUGAGACAGACGUGACCUCUGUGCGAGACUACACAUUGUUUUUUAGGAAAAUCCUGCAGAGUGAAACUUUAAAGUUGUAGUUUGUGGUGUUUCUAGACGUUUCCCUUCAGAGUGUUUGUGACUGAUGCAGCUCCGACUCAAAGUUGCCCUGAAAACUUUCUAACAAACUCAUCAGAGCUGCGUUGAAGCUGACACAUGCUCAGGAACUCAAUAUGACUCAUUUUCUGUGUUGCUGCCUCUGUUAUUGUGCUGGUGCAUCAGUCACACACCUGCUGCAUUACGUAACGCCACAAGUGGAAAAGUUCAAACAACCAUGAUGACAUAUCUCUAACACAGUUUUGUACGGUGAUGACAAGUACACACUCUGAACACACACUUCACUGGAUUUGUGUAACGACACGACGAAGCUCGUGAGUCUACAUCAGCAUCUCUGACACUCAGCUGAACCUUUGACCUGAGCAGCCUGGUGUUCACUGCAGCGUUACUGUACUGUGAGGUGUGUCUGAUUGUUGGGUACAUUAGUCACCGUUUGACUCUGCUGGGUCCAGAAGUCGGUCCAGAGCAGGUACUGUUCUCCUUCAUAGUGUUUCCACUGUGGUGCUUCUGUCCGUCCUUCAGGAACCAGAGCAGAUACUCACCAAUCAUCCAGGUACUUGUGACUUACAGUUUGUGCACUAUUAAAGGAGUAGUUCAACAGUUUUGGAAAAUAUGCACAUGGAGCUGGAGCUAGGAAACAAUUAGUUUAUCCUGGAAACAGGUAAAACAGUUCGCCUGCUUUCUCCAACGUUAAAACUUUAAAACUCACUCAUUAACACAAUGUGUUGUUUGCUUAAAGGAAAUGUUCAACAUUUUGGGAAAUAUGCACUUGGUGCACAACAGCCUGGCACAGUGACAUUCCUGAAUCUUGUCGUCAUAGUGAUGUUGCCAGACCAGAACCAGGCCAAGUGCUGUUUGAAGAAACUGUUGUUUGGGGGAGAGAGAGAGGGGAUGACAUGCAGCAAGGGGCCACAGGCUGGACUCGAACCCUUCACCUUGUACAUGGGGCGCCUGCUCUACCACUAAGCCACCGACGCCCCGAUAACCAUUGUUAUAAUAUCCCAGACAGAAUUUUGUGGUUCCCAACACGUUCUGAGAACGUUACAAUGCAGUGCUCCAGGGUUAUUUUCAGCGGGAAGUUUUCUUUUAGUUCCCAGAGUGUUCUUCUUAAAAGUUGGGUAACGUUCUCUAAAAACAUCCCAAAAAUGUUUGGUGAUAAUCUUAUUUAAAAAAAAAUAAAAAUAAAAUAACAAUGUUACAGCUAGCUGUUUCACCCUGCUUCCAGUCUUAAUGCUAAGCUAGGCUAACCUAGCUUCCCAGCUCCAGCUCCAUAGGCUAGGUCAGUGGUUCCCAACUGGUGGGUCACAGUCCAAAAGUGGGUCGCAGGUCCAUUCUGAAUGAGUGACUCAUGAAUGUGUCAAGUUUUUUUUAACUUUAUUUUUAAAGUACAGUGAAUUUGCAGCAUAAGCUUUUAUUUUGAAGUGCCGUUUCCUGUUGCAGAGUGAGUGAAUAACAGACAGCUACUUAACAGAGACAGCAAACUGGCUUCACGACAUUACCAAACACACGUAUGACGGACCAGUUGGGAACCACUGAUCGAGGCUUCUUAACAGACACGAGAGUGAUAUCAAUUUUCUCAUCUACCUCUCGACAAGAAAAGAAAUGAGUGCGUUCCCCAAAAUGUUGAUGAAGUCUUUUAAAGCUAACUGUCGGUCCCUCUAACCGUUAGCCUUCCAUUAAUAAACCUGUCAUCACUUAACUUUGUGUUCCUUGUCAGAAUUAGAAAAUAUGAGUUUGUGGUUCUACUAUCAUGUUUUUGGACUGAAUGCAUACAACUAUUUUAUUUUAUUUUAUUUUAUUUUAUUUUAUUUUAUUUUAUUUUUUGUUUUGUUUUGUUUUGUUUUAUUAGUUCAGUUUGGUGUUAUUUUAAUUAUUUUUAAUCUUAUUUUAGUGUAGUUUUUUAUAGUUUAGUUUAGUUAAGUUUUAGUUUUAGUUUAUUUUUUUAGUUUUAGUUUAGUUUAGUUUAGUUUUUAUUUAUUUAUUUUUAGUUUGGUUUAGUUUAUUCUAGUUUAGUUUAAUUUUGAUUUAUUUUUUUAGUUUAGAUUUAUUUUAUUUUAUUUUUUGUUCAGUUUAAAUUUAUUUUAUUUUAUUAUUAUU